AUGGAAGAAUCUUGGAAAACUUGUAGGAGUAAUAGUCAUUUCAUCGCCUCGAUCAUCAUCAUCAUAAUGAUGUCAUCAUGCAUCUUAGCAGUUAAUUCCUCCUCCAUGCAAAACCAAUGCCAAGGGCAUCAAAUACAACGUCCACCAACCCUGGCACCGCCAUCGUUAUUAACAGCAGAUGAUGAAGCAUUUCUAGCAGACCACAACAAAGUCCGCCUCCACGCCGGCGAACCGCCUUUCGUGUGGGACGCCAAGCUGGCCUCUUAUGCCCGGGUAUACGCCCAAAAGCGCAAGCAAGACUGCGACUUGAUCCACUCCGACGGUCCCUACGGGGAGAACAUCUUCUGGGGUGAGGGAAACCACUGGGGGGCGGCUGACGCGGUUCGGCUGUGGGUGAGGGAACAUCGCUACUAUGACCGGGCCACAAUUAGCUGCAAGCCCGGAAAAGUCUGCGGGCAUUAUACCCAAAUCGUGUGGAGAGAGAGCGUGAGGCUGGGAUGUGCUCGUGUGGAAUGCUCCAAUGGUGAUACUUUUGCAAUAUGUUCCUAUGAUCCUCCUGGAAAUUACGUUGGGGAUGACCCUUUCGCUUUCAAUGAUAACACCAAUUAG